AAGUCAUACUCUAUCCAUCAGAGAUAAUGAGGAGCGAGAUUAUUAAACGGAUUUUUUGGCCGAAGAAGCGUAUCUGUGUCUGGCCAUGGCGUUCGAACCACUCAGCAUCCAUUAUCGAAUUUCCUUCUAAAAAACCUUCAGACCACAAAUUGCUGGUGCAUUCUUUGGAAGAGUACAAAUUUUCAAGAAACUCAACAGCUGUUAUCGGAACACAUGCAAUAAUCAUUAAACUUGGUUACGAAGCAAGCCCAUCUCUCACAUCACUGCUGGUUAGAGCAUAUAUGUCUUUUAAUCAUAGUUUUGCUCGUCAAUUACUUCAUGACGUUCCUUAUUGGAAUUUCAACGUGGUUUCUUUCAAUUUGAUCAUUGCAAGUUUUAUAAAGAUGGGAGACAUUGACUUUGCCAAGAGGAUGUUCCGAAAGAUGCCCAAACGAGAUCUGGUGUCCUGGAACACAAUGAUAGGAGGUUUUGUUAGAAAUGCACGCUUUCAGGAGGCAUUUGGGUUUUUCAGAAAGAUGUUGAGUUCCAAUGUGGAGCCAGAUAAAUUUACAUUUUCAUCCAUUAUCACUGCAUGUGCUCGUGUUGGAGCUCUGGAUCUAGCUAAGUGGAUACAUGGUUUGUUAACUGAAAGAAGGGUCGAACUCAACUUUAUUUUGAGUUCUGCACUCAUACACAUGUACUCGAAAUGUGGAAAAAUUGGAACAGCAAAAGCGAUUUUUAGAAGCGUGAAACACGAUGACGUUUCUGUUUGGAAUUCCAUGAUUAAUGGGCUAGCAAUGCAUGGUCUUGCUAUGGACGCUGUCGCAACUUUCUCAGAGAUGGAAGCUGAUAAUAUUUUACCUGAUUCAGUUACUUUUGUUGGACUCUUAACUGCAUGUAGUCAUUGUGGCUUGACUCAACACGGGCGGGAGUAUUUUGAUCUAAUGAGUAGGAAAUAUCUGAUUAAGCCGCAACUUGAACAUUAUGGAUCAAUGGUCGAUCUCUUUGGUCGAGCUGGGCUCCUAGAAGAAGCUUAUGAAGUAAUCAAGGGGAUGCCAAUAGACCCUGAUGUUGUUAUAUGGAAAGCAUUUCUUAGCGCUUGUAGAACACAUAGAAAUCCUGAGUUGGGAGAAGUUGCACUUUCAAAAUUAUCACAUCUUGAUAGUGGAGAUUACGUCUUACUAUCUAACACUUAUUGCUCUGUAAGUAAAUGGGAUGCUGCUGCAAAAGUCAGGCAUAUGAUGAAAAAGAAGGGAGUUAAAAAGAGUAGGGGAAGGAGUUGGAUUGAAUUUGGUGGAGCUAUUCACCAAUUUAAAGCCGGAGACAGAUCACAUUCUGAAACGGAAUCAAUUUACAUGGUGCUUGAAGCAUUGAUGGGUCGUAUCAGAGAGGAAGGGUUUGUUUCUGUUACAGACUUGGUUUUAAUGGAUAUAUCUGAGGAGGAAAAGGAGGAAAAUCUGACUUAUCACAGUGAAAAGUUGGCAUUGGCCUAUGGCAUUCUAAAAUCAAGUCCUGGAUCUGAAAUCCAGGUUUCAAAGAAUCUGCGGACCUGUCUUGACUGUCACUCUUGGAUGAAAUUGGUUUCUAAAGUAUUGAAAAGGGUAAUCAUUGUGAGGGACCGAAUCCGCUUUCAUCGGUUUGAAGAUGGUCUGUGUUCUUGUGGAGAUUACUGGUAGCUUAUCAGGCUGGUAGCUGGUGAGCUUUUAGUAAGUUGUAAACUUCACUAAAUUGAUGUUAUGCAGGGGAGAUGGGAGGUUCCAGAGUUUUUCUGAUACUCAACAUUGAAAUAUCCGGAUUUGGCUUCUCCAAGCAACGUGCAAAAAGCGAGUAUGGUUUGUUGUUGGGUAAGUGGGGCUGCACCUGAGACAGCCUGACGAUAUUAAAAAGCACAUAUUGUUAAAAUCCAAAUUGUUUUAAGGUUUCUAUGAAGAACCAACAACUUAAUUGGCUCAAUUGUCAAAGAUAUUAGUUGAUUAUUAGAAGUCACCAGGUUUUAUGCUGCAACAGAUCAAGUGAGCACCAGAUUUUAUAACAAAUCAAGCCAAGAAUAUAUGCUUUUAUCGUCAAUAUUUUGUAAAUAGUUUCUUUUCCUAGAUUUGGAUAUAUACAUAUAAGCUGUUUUAUAGGCUAAAAUUCUGUAUUUUUCUGUAUGUUAGACUACCAAUCAGCUUGUAUGUUAACUAUAUAAUGAAAAUUUAACUCGAA